UUCCGCGACUAUCAUGCCGAGAAAUUCUUAGGGCAGGGAGAUCCUCGCAUUGUAGAUGAAUGGAUUCAGGGCCUGGAGUUUAUCUUCGAGGUCAUAGAUUGCCCUGAUAGAUAUCGCGUAAUUUGCGCUCAGCUUCAGCUCACCGGUGAUGCCCGGCUCUGGUGGAACGCUUACUGGAGCAUGCGUCCCGGCGAGAAGGCGGGAUGUACGUGGGAGAUGCUCAAGGAGCUAGUCCGUGAGAAGUACUACCCCACCUACUACCGAGCAGAGAUGGAGCAUCAGUUUCUAUCGCUCCAGCAAGGUACUCGUACUGUUGACGAGUAUGAGAGGGAGUUCAAUAGACUUGCAGCUUUUGUUUUGGUUUGCACGGAGGCCCAGAGAGCACAGCAUUUCAUUGACGGGCUUUACAUUGCAGUCCGUCAUAAUAUUGUAGGCCACGGGACACAGACGUACGCGCGUGCAGUUUCCAUUGCCCAGGAGGUGGACGCCAGCAUCAGGAGGGAGGCCGUCCGUGAUCAUCCUCAGCCAUCCGUUCCUUCUCAGUCAUCUUCAGUUCCACCGUCCCAGCAGUCUACAAUCGCAGCACCUCUUCAAGCCCGUCAUCUUCCUCGUGAGUCCCGGCGUGUUCUCGCUGCGUGCUGCUCAAAAAGGUAUAUCGCUGGAGUUGAUGAAAAUGUGCAAACACGAUUUGUCACGGGAAGAAAUGGACGGGUGCGAGCAUGUAUCGACUUCAAAGAUCUUGGUGAGCCAACCGAAGAUAUUGCACAUGUGAACCAUAUCACUAUAUGCGAGGAUGCUCCAAUAAAGGAGGAAGAUGCUGAAGACGCACCUCCCAAGCUUGAAGAAGGUGUUAAGUCCACGGUCGAUGAACUAAAAGAAAUCAACUUGGGUGAUGUUGACGAUCCUCGCCCGACGUAUAUCAGUGCCUUGCUAACUGUAGAUGAAGAGAAGGCCUACAUAGAGCUUCUUGGUGAGUUUAAGGAUGUAUUCGCAUGGUCGUAUAAGGAGAUGCCUGGACUAGACCCAAAGGUGCCAAUCAAGUUCAACGGAGUUACUGUUAAGGCUGACCUCUAUGCCUUACCUUUGGUUGGACCGGAUGUCGUUCUGGGAGUGAAGUGGCUCGAAGGGUUAGGCAAGGUGACUACCGACUAUCAAACGGGAAUUAUGGAGUUCAACUCUAGAG